AUGGAUCGCUCAUCGUCCUCACCCCGGCCACUGAAAAGGACGAGGAUAGCCUGCCUCGCCUGCAAGCAGAAGAAGCAAAGGUGCGAUGGCAUGCAGCCGGCUUGCGGCAAUUGCCUUCGAGCGAAACGAGAUUGUACUAUCGAGGAUCCUUCAUCAAAGAGACAGCUGCCGCUCAACUACAUCUCCAUCUUGGAGUCAAGGAUAGCUGAGCUUGAGAGGCUUCUAGGCCAGGUGCAUCCUGACCUCAUUCGCGACCAUAUCGAUGUUCAAACCCUCCAGGAUGAAUCGUCAGAGACUGCGAACAACAAUCAAGACCAUGAUCAAGACCAAUCCCCAGACCAAGAUGGGCUGGAGAACGGUUCGAGAGAACAUCUGUCCGCCCAUGACCCGAGCAAUAAGCCGGCCCUUCAACAGUCAGACAUCACAACGCUCUGCAUGAGUGCCGCAAGCGGCCAGAUGCUCUACUUUGGCGAGACCUCGGGCCUUGCGCUGAGCAAGCUUCUGGGCACCAUCUUGGGGGCAGUGCGGCUUCAAGCUCCUGGCCUCAGCCUGUCGGGCCCUCGGAACAGCGUGCUGCAAGGGCUGCCCAAACCACUGCCGGCCUCACUCCCGGAGCCCACAUUCGGCGGGUUGCUGGUCGAUGCGUACUUCCAGCAUGUCCACCCCAUGUAUCCCUUCCUCCACCGGCCGACGUUUCGGUGUUGGGAGUCCCAGGUCCGGCAGGCUCUCAGCGAGGGCCGCACGCCUGAUCCGGCCCAUCACUUCUUCGUCUACAUAGUCCAUGCCAUCGGCGCGCUCAUCAACCCGGCUUUCAGUCCGUGUCCUGCGGAGUGCCUGUAUGCAUCAGCAGAGCUGUACCUCGAGCGCUUGCUGGGUUAUGAGAGCCUCGAGUCUGUGCAGGCGAUCCUGGCGUGCGCCAUGUAUUCGAUGCGCUCAACCACUGGCGCUCCUGUUUGGACCCUAUCGGGGAUCGCACUACGACAAUGCACAGAUUUGGGCCUGCACCGCGCCUCAACGCGGAUAGGCACAGAUGUUGGCAUUCUCCAAGACCAGCUGCAGCGUCGAGUCUUCUGGGUCGCGUACAAUCUCGACCGUAUCGCUGCGAUAUCGACAGGCAGGCCGUUCGGCAUCGCGGAGGAUGACAUUGACGCAGAGUACCCACUGGACGUCGAUGACGAGGACAUUGAUGAAUACCAGCUUCUCGCCAACCCGCGUACCCAUCACUUGGAGCCGCCCACGCUCAUGUCAGUGGCUUUGCACAAUCUCCGCCUGCGACGCAUCUGGGGCGACAUGAAAUCCCGCAUCUUCUGCGUGCAGACGCCGUCACCGCCGCACAGUCACGCCAGCACCGAGCUCAAGGCGCGGCUGGACAGCUGGCUUGUCGAGUGUCCUCGGGCCGCGAGCCGCGACCAGAUGAGCGGCGUGCCGUACGGGUCGUACAAGUGGCACCUGUUGACAUACCACCACUCGGUCAUCCUCUUCCACCGGCAGUCCCUCGUCACGCACUCGCGCGACGGCUACCCGGACUCGCCCGAGAUGACAGCCGUCUACCUCGAGUGCGCCAAGUCGGCCACGAUCCUGUGCAACCUGUACAAGGAGCUCUACCUGGGGCCGGGCCUGAGCGGCAACACGUGGGGCGCGCUGCACAUUCUCUUCCUCGCCGGCCUGACCUUCGUCUACUGCCUCUGGGUCGACGCUGGCUGCCGCCACGUCCACCGCCGCGACGCCAUCUCUACGGGUACUUCGUGCACCGUGUCCCUGGUCAUCAUGGCUGAGCGAUGGCCCGCCGCGCAGCCUUUCCGCGACGCCUUCCUGGCACUUUGGGAAGCAACACAGUCCAUGCUUGUUGAGCGGGAAGACGAGCAGAGAAACCCGGCGCAGGCGUCGAACCCUCACCCACUUCCCCGGCUGCCAAUAAUUAGGCCCAACUCAGAUCCCGCCAUGACCCAGCAUCUGGCCCAGAUCAAUGGCAUGGGCACGUGUUUCACCUCAGAGCAUCUGCUUUCAGAAAUGGUUCGACAGUAG